UAGAAGGACUUUCUGGAAACAUAUUGAGCUCCGAGCACCAUGCAAGAACGUGCUGGCGGGGCAAGCAACCCAAAGAGUGUAAGAAGUGUAAAGAAAACAAACGAAGUUCUAUUGGGAGAGAUCAAUUAUGAACUGAAGUGCUGAAAAGAAGGAAGAAUUACACAGUCGAUAAGAAGAAUAAAGAACAAAAUUCGCGGUUCAGUUAAAUGCAGUAAUGUUCCGCAACCUAAAAACGAAUAACAACUCGGUGUUCCUCAAGUUCAUCAAAUAGUUCGGCGUGUCUUCACAGAAUUGGAACUCGAUGGUGAUAUGCAUUCAGUCGAUGUGCAAUAAGUCGGGCGAGUAUGGAAAACCAUCCGUUGGCCAAAGGAGGCGGACAAGAAAGAAUGGAUUCUUGGAGGAAAAAAUGUUACGGAGAUUAGGUCACGGAAUGGCUCAAUCUAAAGUGGAGCGGUCUUCAAAACGACGAAAAGCGGGAUCAAAUGGAAUGGCUUUUCCACCGGCAGAUACUAAUGACGAACGAGUAGAUCAAGCAGGAGGGAAUAAUUUAGUCCUAUGGCGUAAUCCUAUCAAGACAUUCAAGUAUACAAUACUAGAAGUUACAUUGCUCUUGCAGCUAUAUGGAAAUCGAUUACUUCUCCAACGAAAGUUGUUAACAAGUAUAGCUAUUCUUCUAAUAACAGCCUUGGUAUUUUGCUAUUUGCCUGGUUCACACCAAUAUUUUAUAACAUUAAUCAAAGCAAAAAGUCUGCAUAUAAUAUACUGGACUGGCUUGGGGAUAUUAUCAUCCGUUGGAUUUGGUACGGGUUUACACACGUUCUUGUUAUACCUCGGACCACACAUAGCAAGUGUAACUUUGGCGGCCUAUGAAUGUAAUACUUUGAACUUCCCUGAGCCUCCUUAUCCGAAUGAGAUAUUGUGCCCUGAUGAAAUGAAAUCGAUUAUUUCGCCAUCUAUGUGGAGUAUUAUGUCAAAAGUUCGACUCGAGGCGUUUCUAUGGGGCGUUGGGACCGCUCUUGGUGAACUGCCACCAUAUUUCAUGGCAAGAGCUUCUAGAUUAUCUGGAACAGAGGAUCGAGAACAAGAGUUUCGUGAAAUAGAAGAACUUCAGAAACGAAAAACCCAUGGCGAAAAAUUGAGCCUUUUCGAAAGGGGUAAACUAGCGAUGGAAAAAUUUGUCGAGAAAGUUGGCUUUUUCGGAAUUCUGUUAUGUGCAAGCAUUCCAAAUCCACUUUUCGAUCUAGCUGGCAUAACUUGCGGACAUUUUUUAGUACCCUUUUGGACGUUUUUCGGAGCUACAUUGAUUGGGAAAGCCAUUGUUAAAAUGCACAUUCAAAAAAUGUUUGUUAUAAUUGCCUUCAACGAGAACCUAGUAGAAAAAGCAGUUGACUUGUUGCAAAUAAUUCCUUUUAUAGGGAAAACAUUACAGGAGCCAUUCAAAGCAUUUCUUCAAAACCAAAAAGACAGACUUCAUAGAGAAACAGACAAAUUAUCACGUAAUUCUAGUAAUAUGAUUCAAAAUUUAUUUGAAUAUUUCGUUAUAUCUAUGGUAUGUUUUUUCAUAUUAUCCAUCAUCAAUUCUCUUGCUCAAAAUUAUGCUAAGAGAUUACAAAGCGCGAAGAAAAAAUAGAUGAAAUACAUUAGCAUUUUUUAAAGGUAAUGGUAAAUGAGACAUGUUUAGCAUUAUUUAAUAAAUCUAGUAUGAAUUUGA